UGAGAAGCAUAUUCUGACAGUCAUCACAAAAACAUAUUUAAAUUUGCAAAUUCGUAUAUUUGAAUUAAAGAAAUUCAUAAUGGUAUUUGGUGAAAUUGUUGAACCAUCAACCCGAGCGUUAAUUGAUGAUGAAUAUGAAGAAUAUCGAGAAUACAUCAAGCCAGAAUUAAAGUGGGAAGGAACAUUUAAGGCACCUCCAGACCUUGACACGUUAAUUUUCGUUGAAGGAAGCAAAAUACUUAAAUUAUUUGAUGCCUUGGUUUUAAACAAACGAGACCUUGUCUGCAUGUUAAAAGUUGCUGGAAUAGAAAUAUUUAAUGGAAAAAAUGGCAAAUACAUUGUCACUUACACCAAACAAGAAAUAACAACUGGCGAAAUCAUCGAAGAACUUGUGGAAUGGCUAAGAAAAGCCGCACAUAUUUAUGCAUUGACUUCAGAAUCUGCUGCUUCUUACCAAAAUUUACAAAUGAUAGAAAAACCAGAAACUCUAAUAAGAAAACUUUCCACAGAAAGUAAUUGUUUUCCAAAUUACAAGAAACUGGAGUCGCCUAAUUUAGUAUCAGGUCUAGGGGCUGAUGUUUUAUCGUUUUCUAUUCAUACAGGAUUAAAAUCGACCUUAUUUGUCGUAUAUAUGGACAAUUCGCCCCUUGAUUCAAUUAAUACCAGCCCCAUUAUCCAGUUGAUUAAACUUCUAGACUUGAACGUGAAUUUGUCUUCUACAAAUCUAAACCCAGUACCCAGUAAUUUAUAUUUGUAAGCAAUAAACAAUAAAUUUCA